UCCUUAAAUACAGCAGGUACAUAGAAACAGGGAGUGCUAGAAUGCUCAUACUCUUUCUGCUGCUCUCUCUGUAGCCUGUCUGUGUAUUGAUAUGCUAAACACAUACAGUAUGCUAUGUUUUGUAAAAGCCUUUAGCUAUAUGUGCAUAGAGAAACUGAAACGCACGCAUACAAAAGCUUAAACACUCACACAUCGGUAGAACGUGCAAGAGAACACAUGCACACCUUAAACAAACAUACAUUGAACAAAUUCUCCUUCAUAUGCACCUAAACACAUGAACAUACACGUACAGUAAAAGAGUGCUGCGUCGACACUUUCUGAAGCAAUUCAACAUUCUUUUCAAAGCAUGCUGUAACUACUCACGUAAUGAAUUGUAUUAAUGAUUUUAUAUUAUAACGAUCUAUAUUUAUUUUUCUAGCCCAGUCAGAAUUGUAUUCUAGUAGUAAUAUUCUGCACCUUAUAAAAAACAUAUAAACGUAUGACUAAAUUUCAUACUAAAUAUGACUAAAUAACAGCUAAACAACAAAUUCGUUGUUGUUUUUGUAUUUGCUCACUUAUUUAACACGGCACCCAUCCUUUAUUUAAAAAAUAAAGCAGAAUUAGUUCAGAAAUGCUGGCUAAAAUCUGAACAUUUUCAGCUUUUUUAUGGCACAAACUUGCAUUUCCCCCUUUGGGGGCCAAAAUGCAAAUGUAUUACCCCCACCGACAUCAACUUUGCUUACAGAGUCAAAUGUUCAAUUCUAUAAAACAUGUUAGGAGCAGCACUUUUCCCCUCUCAGCCCAUUGAAUUUGAAUAGUGGGUAUUUGAGCCAGCAUGUGGCUCCUGAAUGGAGCUCGGAUCUGCUAGAUGUUUCGCUACUGUUUUGUGCUCGCGGACGCACAGGCACUGGGCAGCUUUGUGAGGGUGAAUGAAGUUCAGAAGCCCAGGUAACCUUCUGGCACUUUGGAGUGGAUUCCAGUCGAGAACAAAUGUGAGGCCUGGAGCAGGUAUAUGUCUAUAUGUGCUUGAGUGCAAAUCUAGAUUGAGGGAGAGUUUGAGAGAGUAGGGAGAGAGACAUGAGACAGGGCAAAGCUGCUGGUUCCUGCGAUCAGAAGGAAGCAUUUUAAUCACCAUCUCAUCCUCUCUCCUUUCAGAAAGAAAAUUGCAUCUCCACUCUUCUGGAUAAACACUUUUGAGAUGUCUUUCAUUUUGGCAGCUCUUGACAAACUGACUUACUUUUUGUCACUGAUAGCCUUUUGUGUCAGUUUGUCUUAUAGCUGGCUGAAAUGAGAGACAAUUCUUCUGAUCUGAUCUGGGUUCGGAAAUUUUUGGGGGCAUUUUCAGCUGAUUGCACGUGGAUUGUGACAGCUUUUUAGUUUGGGAUGCAUCAUUGAUAUGCCUCAGCUUCGAAUGCUUUGGAAGUUGACUGCUCCGAGUAUGUUUUUUUUUUUUUUUUUUCAUGAAAUGAGGAUAAAUGUCUCUAUAUUCACAUUUUAAAUGACUGAGGAACUGAAAGAACUGAAAGGAUGAAAUACUUUCAAAGGUAAAAUGAGUCUGUUUUAAUCUGUGCAGGUGCUACUGGUGAAAAACAAACCCUUAUGAGAAUAAGAGGAUGCUACAACGCAGUGUGCUGAGGAUAUGCCACUUUUUUCUGUUGGCACUGUGCAUUUUUGCCAGUGAAGACUUUGACUGGACCAAGAAUGAAAUGGGAUCAUUUCAAUAUGGUACAUUCCCUUCAGGAUUCUCUUGGGGCGCUGGCAGCUCAGCAUAUCAAACAGAAGGGGCAUGGGAUAAAGACGGAAAAGGAAAGAGCAUCUGGGAUGUGUUUUCUCACAAAAGAGGGAAAAUUUAUCUAAAUGACACUGGUGACUCUUCCUGUGAAGGCUAUUUUAAAAUAAAGGAUGAUAUCACACUGAUGAAAGACAUGAAGCUGAACCACUAUCUCUUUUCCAUCUCCUGGCCAAGGAUUCUGCCCAGUGGCAUUAAGAAUGACUUCAUCAAUGACAAAGGGAUGGAGUACUAUGAUAACUUGAUUAAUAUGCUUCUGGAGAACAGAAUCACACCGAUUGUGACAUUGUACCACUGGGACUUACCUCAGCUUCUGGAGGAAAAAUAUGGAGGUUGGCAAAAUGCCAGUAUGGUCAAUUUCUUCAACGAUUUUGCCAAUCUGUGCUUUGAGAGAUUUGGCAAUCGAGUCAAAUACUGGAUCACCUUCAACAAUCCUUGGUCAGUUGCAGUGGAGGGCUAUGAGACGGGAGAACAUGCUCCCGGUCUGAAGAUGAGGGGUACUGGUGCCUAUAAUGCUGCCCACAACAUCAUUAAGGCUCAUGCCAAGGUCUGGCACACAUACGACGCCCAGUGGCGAAACAAACAGAAAGGCAUGGUGGGCAUCUCCCUGUCAGCUGACUGGGGAGAACCAGUGGACAUCUCCAAUCAGCGCGAUAUAGAAGCUGCUGAAAGAUAUGUCCAGUUCUACUUGGGCUGGUUUGCCACACCACUCUUCCAUGGAGACUAUCCUCAAAUAAUGAAAGACUACAUAGGUAGGAAGAGUGCCCAGCAGGGCCUUAGCAGCUCUCGCCUGCCUACUUUCAGCCCUCAUGAGAAAAGUUAUGUCAGAGGCACUUGUGACUUCCUGGGCAUCAGUCACUUCACUACGCGCUACAUCACACAAAAGAACUUUCCUUCCAGCCGUGCGAACAGCUACUUCAGUGACCGGGACCUGGCUGAGCUGGUGGACCCACGGUGGCCUGAUCCUGGAUCAGAGUGGCUUUACUCUGUGCCCUGGGGUUUCCGGCGUCUGCUUAGCUUUGUAAAGACACAGUAUGGAGACCCUGUUAUAUACGUGACAGGAAAUGGUGUAUCAGAGAAGAUGAUGUGCACAGAACUGUGUGAUGAAUGGAGAAUGCAGUACUUGAGGGAUUACAUCAAUGAAAUGCUCAAAGCGGUUAAAGAUGGAGUGAAUGUGAAAGGCUACACAGCUUGGUCAUUGCUUGACAAGUUUGAGUGGGAUGAGGGCUACUCCGAAAGAUUUGGCCUGUACUACGUGGACUUCGGCAGCAAAAAUAAAGCACGCUACCCAAAAGCAUCGGUUCAGUACUACAAGCGCAUCAUCAGCUCGAAUGGUUUCCCUAAUCAGAGAGAGACCGAAAGCUGGAAAAGAAAGGCACUGGAAACAUGCACCUCAAGCAACCAGCUCCUUGCGGCAGAUCCUCUGAUCAGCCACAUGGAGAUGGUCACAGAGAUCGUCGUCCCCACCGUGUGCACUCUCUGCAUUCUCCUCAGUGCAGUUUUUCUCAUGUUUCUGCUUAGAACACGAAUAUAACACAGACUGCUUCAAAUUUA